AUGGAAGCCGCUGCCGCUGCCGCUGCGAGCCCCGAUAGCUCGUCGCUGGAAGCCGUGGCCACCGUCUUCCGGUCCCGCGUCAACGAGCUCCAGGACCUCGCCCUUGCCCGCAAUAUGUACCCGGCAACGGCGGUGACCGACCUCACCGCCGUGGACACGUCGGUGACGGCCAUGGAGGCACAGGUGCAGGCCAUCCGCCGCCGCCUGCAGGAGGAGCUCGACGCCAUCCCGAAGGCCAAGAAACUAGUGGAGAAGUCCUUGAAGCAACAGCAGAAGUUGCAGCAUAUGCUUGCAAACAUGCCACCUGGGAUGCGUGAGGAUAUCGUUGCUACUCCUCUGGAACAAAGCUUGAUGUUGCCCGAGUGCUUUAAUUUUAACACAGCUGUUCCAGAAUUUCUGGACUCUGAUUUUAAGAUUAAGGAAGAGCCAGUUGCAGCUCCCAAAAAGGGGAAAGGUUCAGCACCUCGUUGGUAUAUAUCCACUGAGGAGCUUGAUUCAUUGUCAUCAGCCAAGACAUGGGAUAGUGUUGAUGAAUCUGCUCUGUCAAAUCUGCUUUGUUUGCAUAGCAUAAUCUUUCUGCUGCCUGUAGGCCUCACAUGUACCGAGGAAGGAAUUUGGUUUAUUAUUGUCAUCCAGUUACCAAGGUACAUGAGGGGGAGGCUAACAUUGGAGAAGGUUAACAUUUCGAUAAACGAGGUGGCUACAUAUGCAGAUGCUAAUGCUCAUCUUGUUGCAUGUCCUAAGAAAAAGUUAUCAGAAGACACAUGGGAAAAAGCUUUGGAACUAAGGGACAUAGCUGCCACUGAGGCAGUGAAGGGGAAGCAUUUCUUCCUGGAAGCUGAUAUAAAGGGGCCUGGGCUAAAACUUGAUCACACAGGCAAAGCUAUCCUUACCGUCCUUCGUCAUCUUGGUCGCAUCCAUGAAACCCGGAUUGGGCAUCAUCGGGUCUUCAUACUUUCAAAACAAUGCUGA